AUGACGUCAUCGUCCGUUCAUCGUCCCGUCGUACCAAAAAAAAACGAAUUUUUCGAGUUCCUUGUCGUACCCUCAAAGUACCUUGAAUCCAUCACAGCCUCUAUAACUGGUCCGCGGUGCCAAUCGUUCAGGCCCGGCGGAUCAACGGCCGAGAUCGGUGAUUCGGUCCGACAAGCGCUUAAUAAAAAAGCGCCCAAGCCACUUCAAGCGAGGUGUCCCCACAGAGGCUACAAAGCAAUCGAAGCAUUAGUUCUGACCUGA